CGACAGGCUGCCGCUGCUCUCCGGUGGAUGUGACAGAGGAGCGGCGGAGGAACCGACUCACGUUCUCAUCCACGGCCGAACCGGGAGAAGCGGAACCGAUCCGGGUUCAAUCGGCUGUAGCUGCUCCUGUUCCUCUUCCUCGCCCCGGUCUCGGUUCAGGAUGGAGGACUCGGAGACGGAGCUGGCGGUGUCGGAGUCGGACGCCCUGGGCGCAGACUUCAUCACGGUGGAGCUGGACACGCAGCCCAUCGAGUACGUGGUGAAGUGGGCGGAGGUCGGCUCCAAGUUCACCAUCUCCUGCGUGAAGAAGGACUCGGACGACCCGACAGACCUGACGGCCGACCAGCUGAAGAUCGAGACGGACGAGGCCUUCUUCGCUCCCUAUGAGGAGGUGUACCCCUGCGAGGUGACGGAGCAGAGCGUGGAGAUAAAGACGGACUCUGAUGAGGACGAGGAGGACGGCGAGGAGGAGCAGGAGGUGCUGGUGGAGGCAGGGAGCAGCCAGCUGGACGGCGAGGUGGACUCGGACCAGGCCGACUUGGAGGCGGAUGAGCGGCAGUACCGCUGCAGCUACUGUGGGAAGUGUUACAGCCACGCCUCCAGCCUGUACCGCCACCAGCAGACGCACACGGGGACGCCGCCGCCCGCCAAACGGGCGCUGGAGCCCACGCACCAGGAGGCGCGCUACACCUGUCCCCACUGCGGGAUGAGCUUCAAAGGCAGCAGGAUGCUGGGGAGUCACCUGCGGCUGCAUGGGAAGCGGCGGAUCCACCCCUGCAACAUCUGUGGGAAGGAGUUUAACCACAGCUCCAGCCUGUCGCGUCACCGCCUCAUCCACAAGAAAGGAAAAGGCCUCCCCAAGGACGUGGCGCUCAGCCCCAACAUGGCCGCCCUGCGCCACUCGCUGAAGGCUGGCAGCAAGAACAAGAAGACCAAGAGGCAGCAGCAGCAGCAGCAGCAGCAGCAGCAUGUGGCGGCUGCCGUCAUUCAGAGCCAGGGCGGAGACAAGUUCUACGCCUGCCCGCAGUGCGACAUGAGCUUCAGGACGUCCACGCAGCUGUCCAAACACCAGGUGACCCACGUCAAGGAGCUGCUGGACAACUACACGCCCGGCAAGGAGAACCUGGGCGAGAGCUCAUCAGACCUUAAGAUCCGCCUCAAGCUCUGCUCCCGCGACAAGCCCAACUUCUACACCCUCUGCAAGAAGAAUCGCCGUCGCCGGGGGGGGCGGGUCGCCAAACGGGGCCCCGCCACCUCUGAGGAGGAUGGCGGCGGAGGAGGAGCCGGUCGCCACGGUUGCAGCCAGUGUGGUAAGCGGUUCAGCCACGCCUCCAGCCUGGCACGGCACCAGCAGACCCACAGGGCGGUGGACGGCGGCGGGCGGGGGAAGCUACAGCAGCACCACCACCACCAGAAGGCCGGACUCCCCGCCGCCAAGACCAAGACCUACACCUGCGCCGCCUGCAACAAGACCUUCAUGCACUCGUCAAGCUUCUCCCGCCACAAGAAGGCCCACCUGGAGGAGGAGCAGCGGGCCCGAGCCGCUGCUGCCAAGCGCAGGAAGAGAGUCGUCUUAGACGAGACCGCUCCGCUGGAGUCCGACUCUGAGUGACGUCACCCGGCUCUGGACUGGUUCUGGACCUGUUCUGGGUUGGUUCUGAAUCAGAGCUGACUGGUUCUGGACUGGUUUGGGGCCAGUUCUGGAAAAGUUCUAAUUUGGAAAAGUUCUGGACCAGUUCUCCACAGGUUCUGGACCAGUUGGGACGGAUUCUGGGCUGCUGGUUUUGGGAACUGGACCUGGUUGAUUCUUCUCUGGUGUAGAUAGCAGCAGGACAUCCAUAUAUGGUCGUAUGACGGGGGGAUCUCCACAUAUGGUCAUUUCCAUAUAUGGUCAUAACUGACCGUUAGCUAAUUGCUCUUAAAGGAUGGGAUUAGAUUUAAAGUGUUACCCCUGCCCCAUGCCCCGCCCCCUGCCCCAUGCCCCGCCCCUGUUAUAUGCCCCUCCCCCUGUAACAUGCCCCGCCCCAUGCCCUGUGCCCCACCCCCUCCACCUGUCAGGUUGCACACGGACGCUGUUCGCUUUCAUUCUGCCCUCUAUACACUCCAUCUCCCAUCAGCCACCUGGGGAGAGAGCUGGGAGCUACAGGACCUGUCAGAGCUCAGAGCAUUCUGGGAAACUGAGUCCCAUGAAGAACAGUCAGACCUGUAGGUUCAGACAGCAGCCGGUCACUUCCACCGUGCAGACGAUUAUUAACGACAAACUCUCAAACUCCGCCCCUCUGCUCCUCCAAUCAGAUCAGAGCCACUCUGUCUUUGAAUCCUAUUGGUCGACAGCUGAGUACGCUCCGUCAAUAAUAAUAAUAAUAAUAAAUAUGAUCAGCUGAUCAUCUGGACUUAGUUUUGUCAUCGCUAACCCUCCGUACAGGUCUGACCACGUUCCUCUCUGACAUCAACGCUCACUUCCUCCAUGUUUUUUUUCAUCAGAGUGAUUUUGAUUGGCUGAAGCUCUGAUUGGUUAACUAUGUUUAUAGCUUUGAUACCUUUAAAAUGUGAAAUCGGAGCUGAUCGGUCUGAGCUGGCGUUCCUCAACACAUGCAUGAAGACUAUAACCUGCAGCUUGUCGGCCAUAUUUGUAGUUUUUUGGUGGUGGUGUGUGUGUGUGUGUGUGUGUGUGUGUGUGUGUGUGUGUGCGUGCGUGCGUGGAGACCGAUCUGCAGCUUGCGGUCGUGUCGCGGAGGUCGACGGGGAAACUGCACUACUUAUUUAUGAAUUUGGAACAUUGUUGUAAUGUAUAAAUAUUUAAAUGUGACUCACCAGUUAAAACUACAGAGCUGCCCUCGUUACCGUAGCAACACCGCCGCCACCUUCAUCGUUUAGCCUCGUCGUCGUCAAGCACACAGGAAACGACUCAGACGUCCAGAUUUUCAAAGUUAAAGCCUUCAAGUGAGUUUAUUAAACACAAAGUACAUGAAUCAUCAUUUGUUAAAAAAACGAUUCUGAGACAAAAAGCCGCCAAACUUCCGUCUGAAGAAACUUCCGGAGACAAAACGCUGUUUUCAUCACUCACUCGUUUUUACAAACUGAAACGUGAAGUUUUGACGACGUUUGGACAAAAACUAAUCAGUGACAUGAAAGUUUCGAUCCUGUCGGACGUCGUCGUCGUUGUCGUUGUCGUCUUCCUCCCUGACAGACGGAGAAGCUUCAGUCAAAAUGAAACCUCCAGACCCUGAAGCCUCCCCCCCCACCACCACCACCACCACCUUCACUUCCUGUUUCCUGCCCGUUGAGCCGUCUGACGGCGGCGGACACUUUGAGUUUGUGAAUAACAUUUUACUGUGUGAAUUGGAUUUGACUUAAUUUAAUGGUGACCUAUUUAUACGUGUGUGUAGGCGGCAGACUGUCGCACUACGAACCUCCCGUAGAAAAAACUAAGAAGAAGAAGUUCCUCCUCCUCCUCUUGCUCCUCCUCCUCCUCCUGCUUCUCCUCCUCUUCUUGCUCCUGCUCUUCAUCCUUUUGGUUUUUUGUUUCCUCAGUUUCGGGCCUUAAAGCUGCCGCUCUCCUCUUUUGGUCCACCGUUUUUGGAUCCACGUUGUGUUGGUUUGUUUUCUCUUCGGUUCGUGGUUUCAGCGAAGCUUCACCUGCAGAUAGAAGGUUGUUUGUCAUUGUGUCGUGUUUGCCAAUAGAAAUAAACCCAGUUGACAUGUUUUGUCUUGCGUUUUGUAAUAAAGCUUUAAAACCAG